AUGCCAAACCUUAUUUAUGUCUCGCGUGAGAAACGCAAAGGCACACCUCACAGAUUUAAGGCUGGUGCUCUUAAUGUUUUGCUUCGUGUAUCACAUACCAUGACAAAUGCACCAGUUGUCCUGACUAUGGAUUGUGAUAUGUACUCAAAUGACCCAAAAACACCACUAGAAGCAUUGUGUUACUUCUUAGACCCUUCAAAAGAUUCUCAAAACAUAGCUUAUAUCCAAUAUCCUCAACUAUUUCAUGGGAUCAAUAAAGAGGACUUAUACGGUGCUGAAUUUAAAUUCAUAUUCCAAAUCAAUAUGACCGGUUUUGAUGGUUUAGUAGGCCCUUCUCAUGCUGGCACUGGGUGUUUCUUUAGAAGAGGGGCCUUUUAUGGAAAACCCCCAUCAUGUACAUUUGAACAAAGUCAAAGUCAAAAUGAAAAACAAGCAAUCCAAUCUAAUGAAGUGUUGGCUCGGGCGCAUGAGGUAGCUAGAUGUGAUUUUGAGGCUCAAACCGAAUGGGGCUCCAGGUUAGGCUAUCGAUAUGGAUCAUUGGUGGAGGACUUUUACACAGGAUAUCUUCUUCAAUGUCAAGGAUGGAGGUCCGUCUUUUGUUUACCAAAAAGACCAGCGUUCUUAGGGGAUGCACCCAUGAACCUUCAUGACUUGCUCAAUCAAACCCAAAGAUGGUCAAUGGGGGUUUUAGAUAUGGCCUUUUCCGAGUACAACCCAAUUAACUAUGGGUCCAAAAUAUUACCCUUUUUGCAAACCCUAUGUUACCUUCAUUAUGCCUUUUGGCCCAUUUGGUGCAUCCCGCUUUUUAUCUAUUCCAUUUUACCUCAAUUAGCCAUCAUCCAAUCUUUUCCACUUUUUCCUAAGGUUUCAGAUCCAUGGUGUUUGUUAUAUAUCUUCUCAUUCAUAGGAGCCUAUUGUCAAGAAUUAUUUGAGUUCAUACUAAGAGGUGGAACUCCACGAGGUUGGUUUAAUAACCAAAGGGCAUGGAUCAUUCGAUCUCUUUCAAGCUAUAUUUUUGGAGUAAUCGAGUAUACGCUAACGAAGUUACAUGUAUCUUCUUCUACAUUUAAUGUGACAAACAAAGUGAUUGAUAAAGAAGCCAAUACAAGAUAUGAUAAAGGAAUGAUGGAAUUUGGAGUCGAAUCGCCUUUCUUUUACCCUAUAUCAGUGGUUGCUUUGGUCAACCUUGUAGCGUUAAUGGGUGGGAUUAUAAAAAUAAUUAAGAAUGGAGGAUUCGAGGACUUAUUUGUACAACUCUUUUUGGCGGGUUUUGGAGUUUUAAAUAGUUGGCCUAUUUAUGAAGCCAUGUUCAUUAGGAAUGACCAUGGAAGAAUGCCACUAAAGAUAACGUUAAGAUCAAUUGUCAUUGCUUCAAUGGUGUAUCUCGCCUCCCCUUUGGUCUUUUAGAUUAUGGUAGGCUUGUGUUGUAGUUUUCAGUCCAUUUCUUUUACUAUGACUAAUAAAAUGUAAAAGAUUGUAUUUUAACAGUUUAGUAGUUUAGAGAUUGCAUGAGUGCACAUGAUUUAUUUUGGUUUUUAUGACUAGGUUUAUAAUUUGUUAGUAUUAUAUAUCAUAUGAAUUAACUAUAUAAAAG